AUGCUCAGUACUCUUGAGGAUUACAUUAACGGUAGCAAUCCUGUUUCCUCUCCAGUGAUUGAUAUGGACUCUGAUUUAUCAAUAGAGCUUGCUUUGAAUGGUGAUCGAAGUUCCCAGUUUCUUGAAUCUACUUUCUUUGAUGAAGAGAGUCAACUUCAACUAUCAAAUCUAGAAGAUCUUUUUGUUAAUAACUCAAGUAAUGGUACAAAUCAGAAUCAUAUCACACGACAAAAGCGUAAGAAAGUUAUCAAAUCAAUCGUAUUUCAUCCUUUUUCAUCUGUAGAAAACACAGAGAUUACUGUUCAGAACUUGAAACGAUUAUUCAAGCAACCACCACUUAUUUAA